GGGGCACGUGCUUUUCGUUUUUCAUCUACCGAAGCAAUGGAGACGGUGGAGCUCUGGUGGAUAACGUGCUUUCUCUAACUGCUGCUAAUACUCAACCAACGAGUCUAAGAGAGAGAGAGGGGGGGUGAAUGGCGGUGGAGUACACAUGCUGCACAUCGCAGUUCUUCGUUCACAUACUCGUGAUCGUGCUGCUGGUGCUGUUCGCGGGCCUCAUGUCGGGCCUCACGUUGGGCCUCAUGUCGCUCAGCCUUGUUGAUCUGGAGGUCCUCGCUAAGUCUGGUACUCCUCAAGAUCGUAAGCACGCUGCGAAGAUAUUACCAGUUGUCAAAAACCAACAUUUAUUGCUUUGUACUCUGCUAAUUUGCAAUGCUGCAGCCAUGGAGGCACUUCCUAUUUUUCUCGAUAGUCUUGUUACUGCAUGGGGUGCUAUCCUUAUUUCGGUGACAUUAAUUCUUUUGUUCGGUGAGAUUAUACCCCAAUCAGUAUGUUCUCGGUAUGGUUUGGCUAUUGGUGCAGCAGUGGCUCCCUUUGUCCGGGUGCUUGUAUGUGUAUGCUUUCCGGUUGCCUUUCCAAUUAGUAAGUUGUUGGAUUAUUUGCUGGGCCAUAGACACGAGGCCUUGUUCCGUAGAGCUGAGUUGAAGACACUUGUAAAUUUGCAUGGUAAUGAGGCUGGAAAAGGUGGGGAACUGACGCAUGAUGAAACAACUAUCAUUGCUGGGGCACUUGAACUCAGCGAGAAGACAGCUAGUGAUGCCAUGACUCCUAUAGCUGAAACAUUUGCUGUUGAUAUUAAUUCGAAGCUUGAUAGGGAACUGAUGAAUGAAAUAUUGGAGAAAGGGCACAGCAGAGUCCCAGUCUUCUAUGAGCAGCCUACAAACAUUAUAGGACUUAUACUGGUGAAAAAUUUAUUGACUGUUCAUCCGGAAGAUGAAGCAUCCGUGAAGAGUGUAACUAUACGCAGGAUUCCAAGGGUUCCAGAAAGUAUGCCACUUUAUGACAUUUUGAAUGAAUUCCAGAAGGGCCAUAGCCACAUGGCAGUUGUUGUGAGACGGUGUGACAAGACGAAGCAGCAAUCCUCCCAAAAUAAUGCAAACGACUCGGUGAGAGAUGUGAAGGUGGAUAUUGAUGGUGAAAAGCCUCCCAAAGAGAAACCUUUGAAAUCCAAGGUGCCACUCCAUAAGUGGAAAAGCUUCCCAAAUACAAACAUGUCAAAUAGGGUUGGUUCUCGGAGCAGAAAAUGGUCAAAAAAUAUGUACUCAGAUAUUUUGGAAAUAGAUGGAAGUCCCCUUCCUAAGCUCCCUGAAGAAGAAGAAGCUGUUGGAAUUAUUACAAUGGAAGAUGUCAUUGAAGAGCUUUUACAGGAGGAGAUCUUUGAUGAAACAGAUCAUCAUUUUGAAGACUCAUGACAAUGGCUUCUCCAUAAAACAAUGUUCAUAUUCUUGUUGGGGUCUAAUAAAUUUUAAGUAGAUAGAUAAUUCGGUUUAGGGUGAGAGCUGCUGUACAGAGAAGUGAGUGGUGAUUGGAACGUGUAAGCCAUUAUGGUGGACGAAAUGUUGGGACCAGACAGCUGUUAAUAUAUAGAACCUUUUGUGACGUGCGUGGUGCGUGUCUUUAUCGCGAUGCAUCAUGCCAGCAAAUCAUGGUGCGUUUUUGUGUGAAUGUGUGUUUUCCUAUCUUUUUUGAUUAAUUGAUAGCAAUUUGUAUGGGUUGCAUGUGUA